UCAGUUUCACAGCUAGACAGCCAGUUUUCGAUUCAGUCAGUAGUGAAGGUGAUUGUGAAAAAAACAAUAAAGAGCCAAAAGCGAGUCAUCAAGGGAAGGAAAAACACUUUCGAUCAAAUUGCUGUGGGCAACAAAAGCAGCUUGUGUGUAAAAUUCGCUUCGGAACGGCAGCAGCGAUGGAAAACCGAUAGGGACGAAAAAGUGUGUUUUUCCGCUGCGGAGGAGUGACCUAACAACAAUUUCAUCGGAAGAGGAGGAAGGUGGCGGAGCACCAGCAGCUGAGAAAAGUGUGUAAUUAGCUUUUCUAAUCAAAGUCAAUUUCGAUUUGCGAUUACGGGAUUCUAGCUUCGGAGUGUGAUUAGGGAUUUUUUUCUGGUCUGGGUGGUUCCUAAAACAUCGGAAGACCACUUGGCUGACAUUCUGCCAAAGGGAAAACAAAAAUGUCGAACAAGACAAACAACCCGAAAAGACGAGAAGUGACUGGCUCGUCUUCAUCAAAUUCCUCCAUUUCAUCGGUCGGAGCAGGUGAUAAUGGAAUUUCCGCAGAUUUGGCCUCCUUGUUCGAGUGUCCAGUUUGUUUCGAUUACGUCCUGCCGCCGAUUCUACAGUGUCAAAGUGGUCACUUGGUGUGCACCAGCUGCCGAUCGAAACUGACCUGUUGUCCUACAUGCCGGGGCUCUCUGGGCAACAUACGGAACCUGGCCAUGGAAAAGGUGGCAUCCAAUGUAAAAUUUCCCUGCAAACAUUCUAAUCACGGUUGUACCGUUUCGUUGGUCUACACCGAGAAAACGGAACACGAGGAAGCCUGUGAGUUCCGUCCGUAUCUUUGCCCGUGUCCGGGUGCUUCCUGCAAAUGGCAAGGAUCGCUUGAUUAUGUUAUGCCCCAUUUGAUGAUGUCCCACAAAAGCAUUACAACGCUCCAGGGGGAAGAUAUUGUAUUUCUCGCCACGGAUAUUAAUCUUCCGGGCGCCGUAGACUGGGUUAUGAUGCAAUCCUGCUUCGGUCACCACUUUAUGCUGGUGUUGGAGAAGCAGGAGAAAUAUGACGGACAUCAGCAGUUCUACGCAAUUGUUCAGCUUAUUGGAUCUCGUAAGGAAGCGGAGAAUUUCGCCUACCGAUUGGAACUGAAUGGGAAUCGGCGCCGGUUGACAUGGGAAGCGAUGCCACGAUCCAUUCACGAGGGUGUGGCCAGUGCGAUCCUCAACUCGGACUGUCUGGUGUUCGAUACCUCCAUCGCGCAACUCUUUGCAGACAAUGGAAACCUCGGAAUAAACGUGACAAUUUCCGUCGUUUGAAAAGGUUGCCCCUUUUGUUGACUUUCACCCUACUUUAUUAAUCUAUACAACAUUAAUUUAUCGAUCGCGAAAACAAGCAUCAUUGCACAUUCAUACAUUUAAACUGACGUUGAUAGUGAUUAUUGUGGUGACGAAAUUACGAAAAUUCGAUAUCGAUCACAAUCAUCCCCACAUUACAUUACAAUACAAAUUGUGUAGAUAUAAACGCAAUAUCGGUAGGGUUCUCGAUAAGAAAAAAACGCGUUUCAGGGAUCCACCCUGCAGAUAGAGGAGAGACAGUGCGAACUCAACGCGAUUAUAGCAAAGAUUUUCGGUUUGCGUGCAUAUUAGCUGGUAGUGUCAGGAUGUAACAUUUUCAAGUCAAUAAACAAAUUUUAUUGAAUUAAUCAA